AUGGCCGCUGCUGUCCAGGCCAUUGGAGUCGUUGCCGGAGUGCUGGGUAUUGUCCAGUUCGGCCUGACCAACUUCGCUGACAAGACUGAGCCUGGCUCUACUAUCAAGAUCGCGGUUGGCCUUGACGGCGAGAAUGGCGGGACUGAAGAUGCCGGCGGAGACCUGCCAGACGUCCGUGUCUGGAACGACUUUGGCGACUUCAAGGGCAUGACUGCCGACCCAGGCAGUGUCGGCGACGGCACAGUCGGCCAAGUCGAGAUCGACCACGAGCAGCAGGGCGUCUACUCGCUGUUCUCGGCCAACAACGACGCCAUCUGCAUCGCCUGGGUGACCACUACCUGGGCCGACGCGGCCGGUGGCAACAAGUUCGCCGUCUCCGGUGACUACGGCGAGGCCUGCGGAGGCACCUGGUACGAGUCCAACAUGUGGACCGACACCGACCAGUCCUACCAGCCCAAGUGCUUCUGGAUUGACGGCGACGGUGACCAGCCCAACACUGCCUUCCAGGUGCGCUGGCCCCGGUUCGCGAAGCAGGAGUUCGACGAGGGCAACACCGACCCGUCAAACAUCUGCAACGACAUCGACUUUGGCCUUCGCACCGAGGAAGACCCCGGCGAUAUCAACUUCUGGACUGCCGCAAGCAAGGCUCGCCGUGAUCUGAACAUCAGCAAGCGUCGCCUGCGUGCCAGACAGGUGCCCCGUGUUGCUUGGGCCGCUGAGCAGCUCGUCGUCAGUAACUCUACCAACCACUCCGCCCAGCGUCUCUGCGACUCCGACACCUCCAUGGGGCCUGACUUUGUGCACCUGGCCGAGAACUACUUUUGCGACAUGGGCACCAAGACCAAGUACCCUCUGUGCGGCGAGAGCAGUGAAAGCGCUACUGUGACCGACUCCUGCUUCGACGUGGACACGCACAACCUGCUGCACGCUGGCUCCAAGCGCGGUGUGCUCACCAAGAGGGACAGCCCUUACUCCAAGGUCCGCGACUGGGCCAAGGGUAACUAA